AUGCUCUGUCGGUGCGUUUCCGUCCUUGCACUUUUAUCCCUCAUCCAGAUUCCGUAUUCACCGCAAGUAGAUGCCAUCAAACUCGUCAAGGAGGUCAAGGGGCUAGUUGCAGCCAGAUGGAAACCUGAGUGCGUCAUCUACUCGGGCUGCGGCCCCGGCACUAGUACCAAGGUUCUGGGGUCAGAGUUCCCGGACGCCCGGAUAUUCGGCAUCGACUCAUCUCCCAGCAUGAUCGAGGCGGCAAAGACAAUGGAGAGAGCCAAGGAAGUGCCCACGGCCACGUACGUGCACGGCAAUAUUGAGACGUACGUUCCCGAGGAUGGGACUGACUUGAUUUUCAGCACCGAAGCGCUGCAGUAUCUGCAUCCCGACGCCCAAAUAGAGACCCUGCAGCACUGUUUGGACGUCGCGCGACUCGAGGAAGUCUAUCCCCGCGACGCCAAUGGCAAAACUGUUCUGAAACGGUCGAUGUUGCUCUGCGUCUGCGUCGAAAAGGCGGAAGGAAUGGAAGAGGAAGGAAUGGAAGAGGAAGGAAUGGACGAGGAAGAAUUGGAUGAGGUGGAUAUCAUUGUGCUGCCGCCGGAAUGCUAA